AUGCCGCCUCCACCAAAAAACUUCGUUUCCCACCAUCCUCGCAACUCAUCUCGCCUUCGCCUAUCCGCUCCUUGGAACCGGCCGAACCCCGCGUACAGAGCCGUUUAUUUCGCAUCGAGAGCAAUUCCACACAGCAACAAUUGUAUCUGCCUACACCGUCGAAGAUUUGCUUCUACAGCAUCUGGUGCCGAGCACACGACAACUUUCCGUUGCUGUCUUUGCGCAGACACUUGGUGUCACCGCAUUUAUCAUCAAUCAUUCUAUCCUGCCGGCAAAUUGUCGUGUCGAAAGCGACUAGAGACACCGUUUUCAACGGCGACGUUGCGUGAUACGAUCUGCGACACUCAGCAUUGUCGACCAACCCGACCCUCCCACUCUCAAAGCUGCUCCGAAGACCCCGCCUUCAAACCAAACGCGACCGCCUCUCACUACCGAAUCGCUGAGAAGAAAUUUGCAAUAUUUGAUCUCAAAUAG